AUGUCCCCAACUACCUACCUCCCCCCCGUCGACGACGUGAUCAGUGUGCGCACCGUCAUUCGCAUUCGUUCGCUCAUGGCCACACACACGAUUGUCUGUUAUGUUCAUCGACUGCGAGGCCCUGGCUUCGGUGGGGUCGCCACUCCAUCGGUCGAAGUGAUGGGUGCGAAGCACGCGGACAACAAGCUCUACAUGGCGGAUCACGUUCGGAGUGAAAACUCGACCCAGGACGAUGUCUGCGCGACUGUGUCUGCGGUCGAGGCUUGGAUAGCUGGCUGCAAUGAAAGUGUCGUCGCGUAUGGCGAGUCUGGCGCAGGGAAGACGUACUCCAUGCAUGCACGCGACGUUGCAGGCACGGACGGAUGGCACCGCGGGCUAGUUCCCCGCAUGCUCCAGGCGCUGUUGCACGCGACGAAAGAUGCUCCGGUCGAGUGUGUCAGAUCGUUUGUCGAGAUGUACAAUGAAAAGAUCCACGACGUGCUCGGCGUACGGGCUGGCGACCCAAAGAACAUCCGGGAAAACACGGCGCUCAACCAAGUGUUUGUCCAAGACGUGGUGCAAGUGCCGGUGGUCCAUCAAAUUGCGCCAGCAACACAGCGACCACAGCUCUCAGUGUUGCGUUGCGUCGACUUGGCUGAAUGCAAGAAGAACGCGUCCAAAGAAGACAAAGGACGCAUCACCCAUCAACAAGUCGUUGGUGUGCUUUUUGUGGUUGGCGUGCUCUCGGCGCUCGUGGAAUGCCUCGAGCGAGCCCUCGGCGGCAAUGCCAAAACGACGUGUAUGGCCACCGUGUCGACCGAAGAGAAGUGGAUGACCGACACGCUGUCCAAGUUGCAACUCGUGGAUCGUACGACCCACAUCACAAGCCGAGUCAAACCGAACGGCACCGAAGGCGUCGAGCGCAUGGUGCAAUCGCUUCAACGAGAAGUCGCGACUUUGAAGGAGUCCCUUGCGAACGAGAGGCAUCAUGUUGACGCGGUUGUUGGGCCAACGACAGAAGUGGACAUGCGCAAAAACGUACACAACAAGAGCUGCAGUGUUGGAGAUGCCAAUGGGGUCAUCCCAGUCGCAUCUGCAGUGAAAUUGAAGCAUGUGAUCAACUCCCAGAAUGAGGAAGGUUGUGCCGACGAUGCCGCGAUGGGUGGACAGGUGCGGACAACGCAGAAAAUUUUGGAGCCAAGCAACAAGUUCAAGCGAGUGGAUCAUGGACGUUCCACCCCCUUGCAAGUAGAUGUUGCGGUGGCCACGGACGAGGUGAUGCCACCGCCUAAUUCUCCUGCAUGGGAGCUGCUGCCGUCGAUGGAAGUGGCAGUGGACCUCUUCAUUUUGGGGAUCUGCGUCGGGAGAUUCUUUCGAACUUCCAGUCGAGCACCCGUGCAGUAUUCUGUAAAUAGAACAGGAUAUGCGUAG